AUGCGGAUGAUUGGCUAUGAGCGGUCUUUAGAGACAACCAGUAGGCACUUCGGUAAUGUGUUAACUGCCAUCUUAUCUCUAACUGGGGAGUUCAUCAAGCUUCCCGAGCCUACUGCCACCCCUCCCGAUGAUUACAAAUGGAAGUGGUUUCCCAAUGCACUUGGUGCUCUAGACGGGUGUCAUGUUGAUGUGUUUGUUAGGGUGGCUGACAAAGGGAGAUAUAGGAAUAGAAAACAAGACAUCACCACUAAUAUGUUGGGUGUGGUUGAUUGGAACAUGAAGUUUCUCUAUGUUCUACCUGGUUGGGAGGGCUCGGCAUCGGACUCAAAAGUGUUGAAAGAUGCAAUGAGAAUUGACCGCCAAGAUGCAUUUGUUGUACCAGAGGGGAAGUACUACCUAGUUGAUGCGGGUUAUACAAAUGGACCUGGAUUCCUAUCUCCAUUUCGGUCCACUAGGUACCACUUGAAAGAGUGGGCUGCUAGUAUACUAGGGCCCCAAACUGAAAAGGAGUUGUACAACUUGAGGAAUUCUCGUGCUAGAAAUGUAGUGGAGAGAUGUUUUGGGCUAUUGAAGAAAAAAUGGGCCAUCCUACGUUCUUGUUCUUUCUUUUCCAUAGAAGACCAGAUUCGAAUUAUUAAUGCUUGUUGUGUGUUACACAACUAUGCAAGGGAUAGACAACAUGUGAGGGAUGAUCUAUUGCUGCAGGAGAUUGACGCUGAACUAGCAGCUACGGUCCCUGAACCUGCAGAUGAUGUCGCACUAAUUAGAAGUGUGCAGCUAAGCGAGACAUGGACCACGUUUAGGCAGGAUUUAGCUGAUGGGAUGUUUGCUGAGUACCUUGUGACACAUGACGAACUAGCAAUGGAGUAG